AUGAAAACGCUUGUCAACAAGGUUCUCUCAUCAUCGAUUAUUACUGCUUCUCGAAGAUCCUCAUCAUCAUUAUCAUCUCUCAAUAAUGGUUCUAUUCUUAUUGGUGGAUUGAAUAAUUCCGUACCACUGAUCAAUGUCUUUGGAAAACAUCAUCAAUUAAACUUUUCAAUAAUGGAAAAUGCAAAUGGAAGAAAUUAUCAUGCAACAAGUAAAAUGUUGAAAAAGGCUAAACAACAAGCACCAGAGACAACAGUUUAUUCCGAACAAGAACAGAAUGAAUUGAUCAAAAAUUAUAUAGAACUUGAGGACAAAUUUAAGAAAUUAACUGAAAAUAUUAUUGAAUAUCGUAGAAAUCAUCCUACUCCUGUUCAAUUAUUGGAAACUAAUCACUUAUUUGUUCAAGUUUGUGAUUUAGUUAAUUUUUGUUACAAAACCUUUCCAAAAACUAAUGAUCCAGUUAAUAUGCAAGUUAGAUACUUCAAAUCAAAUGUUGGUAUGAAGUUAUAUGUCUUGAUGAAGAAGGUUGAAUUGUUAAUGUUAAAGAUUGUGAAUCAGGAAUGGUUCCCAGUUGAAACAAUCAGAACUCAAUUCAAUGAGGAAAAUAUCAUGCAAUCCCUUCCUACUGUUUAUCAUGUUGCUACACCUGUUGACGAUACACUCUUCUUGUUUGCUGCUUAUGAGGCAGCACUUUCUUAUGCAGCUUUCAUUCCAAACAUGAGAGAUAUUGUGAGACCAACCACAAAAGAAAAUCUAAUUGCUGCAGCUUUAUUCUUGUUUAAUAGAUUGAAGGAUUUCCCAAUUUUGAAUGAUGGUAUUCGAAAUUAUGCAGAUAUGGUCUUUUCAGAUUAUGAAGCAGCCAAAUUGGCCUACACUACUGCAAAGCCAAUUGAAAAUGAACCAGAUUUCCAUUAUAAUGCUGAUAAGAAUGCUUAUUCUUACUUGGGAAAGACAUUUACAGAGCACGAGUUUGAUUGGUUCGAAGAUAUUGAAACAAAUAUUCCAAUUCAUCUUGGAAACUUUAUCAAAGCUUUGAAGGUUGCUGCUUAUGAUGGUGAUAGAAAGCAAAGUAUGGAUGUUUUGGAUGAAUGUAUCAAAACUGAUCCAAAUAAUAUUUAUAUUCACUAUUUGAAGGCAUCUCGUUUGGACAUUCUCACUGAUUCAGAGCCAGACCUCAAUAUUGCUCACAAUAAUUACUCAAAUGCCAUUCAUCAUUUGGAGAUGGCAUUGGCCUAUCUUGCAAAAACUCCAAAGUUGCCACUCCCUACUCUUGCAAAGACCAAUUUUUCACCUGACAUUGAAGUACCAGAAAAACAGGUUGAAAGAAUUAACGAUCUCAAAUUCUCACCAAUUAGUUUGAUAUUGGCCAGCAUGUAUGCAAGAGCUGCUGAAUCUGGAGUUUCAAUAGAUUUGAGACACAUUUAUGGUGCAAAGGGGGUCGAUUUUGUCAGACAAGCUGAAUUAUAUUCGAGAUCACCUAAUGGACCAUAUUUUUAUAUGAUUAAGGGAGCUUGCUAUUAUGAUUGUGACAUGUAUGAAUUGUCAAUCAAUGCCUAUUCUUCUGUUGAAAGAUUUGAAGCAGUUUUGGAUCCAAGUUUUAUUAUUGACUCUCUUUGUUAUGCUUCUCAGGGAAUGAUUGCUCUUGGAUAUGCUGAUAAGUGUUUAGAAGUAAUGGACUUUUAUAUUGAAAAAUAUAAUGAUGCAAGAUUAGUUUGCCAAAAGAUUCUCUGUAAAGAUUACUUGUGUAGAUCAAAGGAUGAAUUGAGACAGGUUUUGAAAGAAUUCGAACAAUUAAAGGAGAGCAUUCAAGAUUUGAAACUCACUGAUCCAUACGUUUUUUCAAAAGUUAACAUGCAUACCAAUACAAGAAUUAAUGAAAUUUUGAUAGCUAUCAACAAUCCACAAGUUGCUGAAUGUUGGUAAUUAAACUAAGAAUCCAUCUUCAGUGUUUGAGUGAACCUCGGAUACCUCUUACUCCAAUCUCUUAUUGAUUCAAGAUUUUUCUUAUUACACUUGAUUGAAGUGGGAAUUUCCAGACUUCUUUUUCAAGGUAGUUCAACUCCAGCUAUUUUGAUAUGAGCUGAUGAAAUACCUUCUAUCUCAAUUAAUUUGUCAGAUAUUGAAGUAAUAAAUUGUAUAGAGAGAGAAU